AUGUAUAUAGUAGUUGAUUUCCAAAACGAUAAUUCUGUGGAGGCAGUACCAAACACUUGGUAUAGUAAUGGAUCUUGUGUGUGGCCCAAAAAAGGUCAAAAUAUUAAUAAACUUAUUGAACAAAAUAUAAAACCUGAAGAGUUUCGACAUGAAAUACUAAAAGCUAAGAAAAUGGGUGAAAAAACAUAUUCUCUAAGCGAAGCUAAAUUAAAAGCAAAUAAAGCAACAAUUACAUCGGAGUUAUCAUCGGUUGAUGAAGACGUUUAUUAUAAAGAGCAAAGUAAAAAAAAUAAAUCAUCAUUAAACCUCAAAAAUAAAAAUAUUUACAAAAGUCCACCCAAUUACAAAAAAACAAUGAUCAAAGAUGUUGAUAAUUUGCAUGGUGUUAAAAAUUCUGAUGAAAAUGAAAAUGAUAAUAUGUUGCCAGUCAUAUCUUCAAAAAAAAAUAAUAUGUUACAAACUAAUACCAAUAAAAAAUCUAUGAUGCCGUCUACCUCUCAUGAAUUUAAUUCUGAUGAAAGUGAAAAUGAUAUGUUGCCAGUCAAAUCAUCAAAGAAAAAAAAUAUGCUGCAAACUAAUACCAAUAAAAAAUCUAUGAUGCCGUCUACCUCUCAUGAAUUUAAUUCUGAUGAAAGUGAAAAUGAUAUGUUGCCAGUCAAAUCAUCAAAGAAAAAAAAUAUGCUACAAACUGAUACCAAUAAAAAAUCUAUGAUGCCGUCUACCUCUCAUGAAUUUAAUUCUGAUGAAAGUGAAAAUGAUAUGUUGCCAGUCAAAUCAUCAAAGAAAAAUAAUAUGCUACAAACUAAUACCAAUAAAAAAUCUAUGAUGUCGUCUACCUCUCAUGAAUUUAGUGUCGAAAAAUCUCCUCGUAAAUGGUUGGUUAGGAAAAUCUCCAGUACAGACGAUAUGGAAGAAAAUUAUAGAAGUCCUAUUCAAAAGGCAUGGAUCAUAACUCCGUCUCCAAUCAAAGAACUAGUACUAGAUGAAGAAUUGAAAACUGUAUCUUGUAAAAAAAAGUUGAAUUUUCAUUCAGAACCAAAAGAAUUCGAUUUAGAGUCAACCGAUAAGAUGAACAAAAUAUACCGAAUUGUACUAUCUUUAAAAUAUGAUAUAAAAGAACUCCUAUCAAAGGUUGAUCGGUUGGAAAAUCAAGGCAAAUAUGAUGAAUUUGAAUUGGACAACCAAUCAUCUGAUGAUGCAGUUUCAUGGAAUUUCCCUAUCACUACUGUAAAUGAAGUUUCAUUAUUUGAAAAAAAACUACAGGAUAAAACAUUUCGCUUCAAAAUAGUAAAGAAUCUUAGUAUGUUGGUCCGCAGUUCUUUGUCUGAAACAGUGCGCCAUAUUUUAUCAAGAAUGUUCGUUAAUAGUGUCUUAUCGCAAUAUUCAUUUGUUGGCCAAAAAAAGAAAUUGGCAUUUUCUUCCUUAAAUGCCUGUUCAGUUAUAUUUGAUGCAAUAAGAAACAUCAAGCAAUUUAAAGAUGUCCCAUCUUUAAAUAUAGAAAAACCACUCAAAGAUUAUUUAGCAGGAGCUAAGUUCAGGGAUUUAAAAAGAAAAAAUAAAGAAGAUAACAAUGCUAUUUUGAUUUAA